AUUGCUGACCACUUGAGCCGGAAGUUGGUUGUCAAAAUCGUUUGCAAGACGAAAGAGUGAGCCAUAGUUUCUUGAGGAUUUCUCUAAUUUCUCUCACAGUUAUGGAAUCACUUGUUGGUAGUUUCAGUUCGUCAUUUUCUGUUUCUUGUGAGCCAAAUGAUACAGCAGCUCCACAUCCGAGAAUGGGACAGUACAAAGAAAAACCCUCAAAUACACCAGAUCAGGAAACAAGAAGAAARAGAAUGCUUGAAUUACAGAAAAAAAAAAGACUUGAUGUUGUAAAUUAUUCAAGAAAACUUGCAGAUGGAGACUUAACAGAGGAUGAUGUCUCCCAUGACUCUGAGGAAAUGGAGUCAACUAAUUAUAAAGAGAGGAGAAAAAGAUUCAAUCCUUAUGCAUAUCAGCUGAUGCUUUCUGAGUGGCUGGUUGAUGUACCUGAUAACCUGUCAGAAGAAUGGCUAAUGGUUAUCUGUCCCUGUGGAAAAAGAAACCUCAUCAUUGCUUCAAAUGGUAGAACAUCGGUAUACACAAAAAGUGGUUUUCGUGUAAAUCAGUUUACAUCGCUACUCCCUUGUGGUAGUCCCAGUACACUCAAACCUGGAGAAUAUACCAUUUUGGAUUGUAUUUUCAAUGAAACAUCCAACACAUUCUAUGUACUUGAUGUWAUGUGCUGGCGUGGUCAUCCUGUGUUUGACAGUGAGGCAGAAUUUCGUUUUUAUUGGCUUCACACUAAACUUCAAGAAGACUCACGAUUAAGCCAGACAUCAUCGUUAAACCCAUACAAAUUUGAAGUCCUUGAAUAUUUUYCUUGUACAACACAAGAAAUAAAAACAGCAGUGGAAAAACCAUCAUCUUUUGAGGUCGAUGGUUUGCUUUUUUAUCAUAAGCGUGCUCAUUAUACACACGGGCGGUCUCCCCUUGUUGGAUGGCUCAAGGUCUACAUGCUGUCAGAAAUCUUAAACAUUCCUAUAGACAACGAACUCAAAGUAAAGGCGCCUCGUGUUAACAAAUUGACUUUAAUGAAAAAUAACCUUGACUUGAAAGACACAACUGAUGAUAAAACUGUCGAAGAAAGAGCCGAAGUUGAAAGGCAGAAAGCACAAGAGCAAAAAGUAAGCAUGGAAGUUGACAAACAGCAAAGGUGUAAGGAAGGAUAUUCGAACAACUAUGAACAAAGUAAUGACCUUGCGUCAGAUAGUACC